AUGUCUUACAUGACCUUCCUUGUGUUGCUGUUUGCGACCACUAUCGCCGAAAACAACGCAGCAGCUGAUUGUACAGCGCUACAUACAGACAAAAAAGAUGUUUUGAAGUGUCUGAAAGUAGCUGAGCUAGCGCAGCAGCAAAGAGGACCUCCGCCCUCUAUACUUGAAUGGAUAAUAGUUUUAUGGAUUGUAGGCAUGACAUGGAGAGAGAUUAAGGAACUCUGGAGUGGUGGCAUUGCUGCAUAUUUACGCGAUCCUUAUAAUUUCAUAGAUUGGAGUCAGUUGGCAUUAUAUUGGGCUGUUAUAGCACUGCGGAUUGUCGCAUAUCUACAGGUAAAUGAUUAUAUACCAAACUUUGCUACUGCUGAUGGAAGCAUAAUUUCAGUGAGUAAACGGCAGACGACAGAUGAUUUUGUCAGACAACAACACAAUGGAACCCGUGUCUUUACAGAAGAACAGAUCGCAUCUAUAGCCAGCGAUAUUAUUAGGAAUCUCUCUUCAGAAAUGCAGAUAUCACACGAAAGACUUGAAGAGUCUAUUAUAACAUUGGGCAAUGCCAUAGGGCAAAUCAUAACACCAGAGACACUGUCGAAUGUCACAACGACACAGGACAAUGACAUAGAUUUCGAGUUCUCAUUUCUUGACGACUGGUAUGAUGAGAUAUGGUGGCAGGAAGAUUCCUUCUUCCAUGAAUUCCAAGAUGAUCUAUCCUACAUUAUCCCACGUUCUCAGUGGAAUCAGUGGGACCCAACUCUAAUUGCUAAUUGUAUUUUUGCAGUUGCUAAUGUUCUCAGCGUUCUGCGCAUCCUCAGACUUACCGUUAUCAGUCAGAAGAUCGGACCCAUGCAAAUCACACUUCAGAAGAUUGUUUUGGAUAUCUUUAAAUUUUUGUUUAUAUUUUUUUGUGCUUGGACGGCUUUUUCUCUUGGUUUGACACAGAUAUAUUGGUCGUACAAUGCCGAGGCAGAAGUGCAAUGUUAUCAAACACCGAAUGCGACAGACUGUGACAAACAACCAUUCGGCAGUGUUGUUUCGAGUAUGGCCACUCUGUUUUGGUCUUUAUUUGACCUUACUGAUCUGACAGAUCUGAACGUGAAAGCCGAUCACCAAUCAUCGGAAGGGUUUGGACGAUUUCUCUACGCUAUGUAUAUGAUAAUCGCUGUAAUCGUUUUAUUAAACCUACUUAUUGCUAUUAUGAGUAACACGUAUUCUAAAGUACAGGACAAUGCAGACAUUGAAUGGAAGUUCUAUCGGGCUGAGAUGUGGGUGGGUUACUUCCAGGAAGGCGGUACUCUACCUGUACCAUUCAACAUUAUACCAAGCCCAAAAUCUGCUUUCUAUUUCCUAAAGUCUAUAUUUUGUUGUACACCAUGCAGGAGAAAUCCAAAGAAAACUGUUCAUCAACUUGUAGAACGUUAUUUUGCCAGAAGACAGUAUGUAAACCGACAUCAUGAUUCAAAUCCAUUAACUCUCUCAGAAUUCAAAGAAUUUAGAGAUGAGAUGACGUCAUUCAGGAAGAAUGUACAAGACAUCACAACAGAUGUGAUGAAUCGAAUAUCACAACUCGAAGGCAGUCUUCAGAAGACAGGCAGUGUACCGUUACCAGCGUAUGACGUAUCGAAAGUUAAUGAAGACGGCUACACUAAAUCUCGAUACAAAACGUUGAAGCAGAGAAUGGUCGAGCAAAAAUUACAGAUAAUGGGAGCGGAAUCGACGCCAGAGAACAUCCGCCAUCGAAAUCCAAAAGAUUUGCAUUCGGAAACCACUUCCAUCCAUACCAUAUCCCAUGAUACCAUGGCCAGGUUUUCUCAAGCAGGACAGUUUGGUACCCAACUGGGUAUUAGAAAUCCCAUCUUCAAUGAAGAUGAUAUUGAACUUGAAAUACGACAGUGA